AUGCGGGUUCAAACAUAUUCACUCUUUUCUUUGGCCGCCCUGGCAUCCGUCCAGUCCGUCGGCGCCAUUGUAACUGAAACUGAAACUGAAACUGGUCUGCCAGCGGUAUCUGUACCUAUUGUCGCCGCUCCCACUAGCUCUGCUGCCCAGGUCACGCUCUCUCCUAUUGUGCCGUCUUCAGUCCCCGCACACUCGCACCAUCAUCAUCAUCAUCAUGAACAACAUCACUGGACCUAUACCCCUGGUCUUCACCGCUCGCGCAAGGCAUGCUCGUCCAAGGCCGUGUCCUCAAGCGCUGUUCGGUCUUCCACUCCCUUGGCCCAUACUGUGACCUCGUCCUCGAGCGUCUCACUGCGUCCUAUCCGCUCACCGACUCCUCCGUCCUCUGGAGUCGCCAGCGCGACUAACAGCUCCCCCGUUGGUCCUAAGCGGCCUUCUGGCAGUCUCUCCGUUCCUGGUCACCCCAUUCCCACUGGUGGAGCGGGCCACGGACACCACCCUGGGGGCAAUGGUAACUCUGGAGGCCAUGGCUAUGGUCAUGGUCAUGGUCAUGGUCAUGGUCAUGGCUCUGGCUCUGGCUCUGGUUCCGGCUCUGGCUCUGGCUCUGGCUCUGGCUCUGGCUCUGGUUCCGGCUCUGGCUCUGGCUCUGGCUCUGGCUCUGGCUCUGGCUCUGGCUCCGGAGAGUUCACUACUUCCACUGUCUUCAGCACUCGCACUUCCACAAUCACUGCCUGCCCAUCCACAGUCACCGACUGCCCGGCUCGCGAGAAGACCACUUUCGUUACCACCGAGACCGUUGUUGUGUCUACUACUGUCUGCCCUGCCACCGCCGAGGCCACGACGACCUCCGCCCCCACUGGCACUGGCGCAGGCUCUCCUUACGUUACCACUGAGACUGUUCUGACAACUCGCACCUCAACCAUCACUGAGUGCCCGGCAACCGUUACUAACUGCCCCGCACGCGAGAAGACCACUGCGACUACCACUGAGACUCUUGUUGCUGGAACCACCGUGUAUACUGUCACUCCCGCUCAAGCCAUCCCUACUAUUACUGAAGUUGUUGGUGCCGGUGCUACCUCCACCGGAAGCUCUGCGGGUGCCGCUGAAAGCUCGCUCACCACUGAGACUAUCUACACUACUAAGGUUGAGACUAUCUACAAGUGCCCUGCUACCGUCACGGACUGCCCUCUGACUGAGAAGACGGCUCACACUUCAACUCAGACUGUUGCUGUUGGCACAACCGUUUACCCUGUCACUGUUCCUGCUACUGCCACUGGAUCUGUUUCUGGAUCUGGAUCGAGCUCGGGUAUCUCGACAUCUGGCUCUGAGUCCAACUCUGGCUCUGGAUCUACUUCUGGCUCUGGAUCUACUUCUGGCUCUGGAUCUACUUCUGGCUCUGGAUCUACUUCUGGCUCUGGAUCUACUUCUGGCUCUGGAUCUACUUCUGGCUCUGGAUCUACUUCUGGCUCUGGAUCUACUUCUGGCUCUGGAUCUACUUCUGGCUCUGGAUCUACUUCUGGCUCUGGAUCUACUUCUGGCUCUGGAUCUAUUUCUGGCUCUGAAUCUACUUCUGGUUCUACUCCCGGCUCUGGAUCCGAGUCUAACUCGGGCUCUGGAUCGGGUGUCAGUGCAGAGUCCUCCGUCCCUAUCCAUUCAUUUGUCUCGCCUGUUGCCGCCGGUGUGAUUUCCUCCUCCGCUUUUGCCACGUCUGCCAAGCCCUCCGGCAUCCCUUCGGCUUCUUACCACACUGUCACCAAGCCCACAUCCUCUCCCGUUGGUGAGAGUGGCCUUGGCUCCUCGACCACAACUUCAAGCGGCCCUGUCUACACCGGCGGUGCCGUCUUGCAGUCGAGCUUCUCGGCUGUGGUUCUUAUCUGCGGACUUGGCGCCGUUUUGCCCUUCAUUCUCUAG